AAAAUAGAUAUAAGAAAAAUGUCACAAGAAAUGAUUUUAUUACCGCCAGUUCCUGAAGAUAUUGGAAAGGCUCGUUGUAGAGUAUCAAAUGUUGUUUUAGAAAAAAGAAAAAUAAAAGCUGGUCAAUGGGUUCGUUCAUUGAUUCCUCUAAAAACACCCAUACAAGCAUCUAUUGAUGUGACAUUGUUCAUCAAAUUCAGAUAUGGUGAUGAUGAUAAAGAAAAAAGACAAUUUGAUGAUUUUGGAUUCAUAUGGGAAAAUGGUUCCGAAACUAUUAAGCAUUUGAUUCAUGAGACAAAUCCAUCAAACUCGGUUCAACUUUUUACCUGUGAUACACAUAUUAACAUUACUGAUGAUAUUGAUGAAAUCACAUCAUUGCUGGGUUCUACUACAUUGGAAGAGAAAAUUCCAAACCCUGUUCCAGGUCUUCAUGAAGCUUAUGAAGCUCUUUAUGAAAUUACUGUUAAUGGACCUGAUAUUUUUGGACCUUUUUUUGGUGAAAGUGAAAAGAGAUUACGUGAUGCAUUUUCCCAAGCAAAAAAUUUAACAAUUAAAGAGAAUUGUUCUGUAAUUUUAUUUAUUGAUGAAUUGGUAUGCUUAAAUGUUAAAUCAACUGAUGAAACAACUGAAACACAAUUCCAUGAGUCACGCGUUAUCGCACAACUCUUGACAUUAAUGGACGGUAUGGAGUCGCGAGGUAGGCUAAUAGUUAUUGCAGCAACCAACCGACCAAACGCCAUUGAUCCGGCAUUAAGAAGACCUGCUGUGGAUGUUCCUUCAGAGCAAUCGCGUUUCGAAAUCCUGAAAUCACAAACAUUUAAAAUGCCUCUGGGUGAUGAUGUUGAUCUGGCUUCCGUUACAAAUGGUUACGUUGGUGCAGAUUUGGCCUCUCUAUGUCGAGAAGCUGCGAUGAACGCCGUUCAUCGACAAGUAACACUUGAAAAAAAUGGUAUGGACGACUUUACGGGUGCAAUGUUGCAUGUUGUACCGUCUUUACGACGUGGGUAUCAUAUCAAUGUCGGAAAGAUAAAUUGGGAUGACAUUGGAGGUCUAGAAGAUGUAAAAAAGCAGGCAGUAGAAUGGCCCAUAAAAUAUCGUCAUACAUUUGAAAGGUUAGGUUUAAAACCACCAAAUGGAAUAUUAUUGUAUGGACCACCUGGCUGCAGCAAAACGACUUUGGCUAAGGUAAUAGCCUCAACAUCUGGUGCUACUUUUCUUUCUAUCAAUGGAGCUCAAUUAUAUUCACCCUAUGUGGGUGACUCUGAACAAAUUAUUCGAACAACAUUUCAACGUGCACGUUCUACAUCUCCUUCUAUAAUAUUUUUUGACGAAAUUGAUGCAAUUGUUGGUAAAAGAUCGUUGGGAAGUAGUGGUAAUAGUGAUAGUGUUCAAGAACGUAUUUUAUCGAUGUUAUUGAAUGAAAUGGAUGGCAUCGAAGUUACCACAUCAGUACUCGUUGUAGUUCCACCGCCAGACUUCUCUGCACGAAAGCUAAUUCUGAAAAUUUAUACUUCAAAUAUGCCUUUAGGUGAUGAUGUUGAUCUAAAUUUGAUUGCUAAGCAGACGGAAUUAUAUACGGGUGCAGAUUUAAAGAAUUUGUGUAGAGAAUCAGCGAUUAUAUCAUUACGUGAAAUGGGAACAACGUCGAGUGUG